UAGUCAGUGUUGCUGGAAGUGUUGAAAAAAUGAUUCGUGAAAUCUGCCUUGUUGCUCUGCUCUGUGUUGCUGGAGUGUUCUCCAGGACCGUGGAGAUUGAUGAUGUCCAGAAGGAAGUCCCUGAUUGGUCAAUUGGCUGGGAAGGAUUCAUUGUGGGUGGUCAGAAUGCCGUUGCUGGACAGUUCCCACACAUGGCAUCUCUGAGAUCCACUGCCAACAACCACUUCUGCGGUGGUUUCAUCAUCAGCAACAGAUGGGUUGUCUCUGCUGCUCACUGCACCAUCAACCGCAAUCCCGGAAACACCUGGAUCGUCGUUGGAGCCCUGCAACUCAGCACUGGUGGAACCAAUGUCUUCACCUCACAAGUCGUUAACCAUCCCGGCUACCAAGGUUCCACUCUUGCCAAUGAUAUCUCCCUGCUCCAAUCUCGUGAUACCAUCACCAGCAGUAACACCGUUUCCCCAAUGGCUGUGGGAUCUGACUUUGUUGGCGCUGGUGCUCAGGCUACUGCUGCAGGAUGGGGACGUUUGGGAGCCAAUCUGCCACUUGCCAACACUCUUCAGUGGCUCAACACAAUGACCCUUACCAAUGCCGACUGUCGCAAUAGGAUGCCCGGCGGAGCUGCCAACAGUGUCCACGACAACACCAUCUGUGCCUUCACCCAGUCCGGCCAGGGUAUGUGCAACGGAGACUCUGGAUCUGCUCUCUUCAUCGGCAACACAGCCAUCGGUGUUGUCUCCUGGGGUAUUGGACCUUGCGCUAGUGGCUUCCCAGAUAACUUUGCCCGUGUCUCGUCUCACCGUGACUGGAUCAGUACCACCGCUAUAUAAGUCACAUCAUCGACGAAAACAAUUUUUGAGAAAUGAUUCACAAAUAAAUCAUUUUUGAUAGACGGCCAAGA